UCAAGUUAUCUCGUGAAAGGCAGCCGGCUUCCAACUUGGCUGGAGUGUACAACCUUAAUAAAACACGCCGAGGUCUCCGAGAAAAUAGCAGUUCAGCCGCAGCGAGGGGAGAAGAAAGGAGUCGAAGGCUAUGCCUGGGCAGCUGACUGAAAGAGGCUACAUGCUGAAGCGUAACAGAGAGGAAGCGAUAAAUCUCGGCUACUAUGCAAUAAAUUGCUCCAACUUCAGCUAAAGAAGCCUGCAAGUCUUGUGAAAUUGCAUAUCUGUCUAUCUAUCUAUCUUAAGUUCCCAUUAUUAUCUGAAACUUUUUUACUUUGCUCAGUCCCCAAAGAGAUCUUUAAAGACACAACCAAAGCAAAAAAUAAGAAGGGAAGGAGGGAGGCAAAAGGGUCUCUGAGAGUGAAAAGAGGACUAGUAACAUGACCAUUUUCCUUGGCUUCGCUUUCCUGGCUGUCCUUUUGACUCACACAGUCUGCAACAGUCAGCGCCGGGGUCCAGAGUCCGGGGCCAGAAAAUAUAACCGGAUCCAGCAUGGGCAGUGUACCUACACCUUCAUCCUUCCAGAACAGGAUGGGAACUGUCGCGAAAGCGCCACUGACCAAUACAACACCAACGCUCUCCAAAGAGAUGCCCCCCACAUGGAGACAGAUUUCUCUUCCCAGAAGCUACAACGCCUGGAGCAUGUCAUGGAAAAUUACACUCAGUGGCUGCAAAAACUUGAAAAUUACAUAGUUGAAAACAUGAAAUCAGAGAUGGCUCAGCUGCAGCAGAAUGCAGUCCAGAACCAUACAGCUACCAUGCUGGAGAUAGGAACCAGCCUUCUAAGUCAGACUGCAGAACAGACAAGAAAGCUCACAGAUGUUGAAACACAGGUGCUAAACCAGACAUCCCGGCUAGAAAUUCAGCUACUGGAAAAUUCAUUGUCUACCUAUAAGCUGGAGAAACAACUGCUGCAGCAGACACAUGAGAUCUUGAAGAUCCAUGAGAAAAACAGUUUGCUGGAACACAAAAUCCUUGACAUGGAGGAGAGACAUAAAGGGGAGCUGGAUACUUUGAAGGAGGAAAAAGAGAAUCUGCAAGGUUUGGUUUCACGGCAAAGCUACAUCAUCCAAGAACUAGAGAGGCAGCUGAGCAGAGCUACCACCAAUAACAGCAUCCUACAGAAACAGCAGCUGGAGCUAAUGGACACUGUUCACAGCUUAGUGAGCAUUUGCUCUAAAGAAGGAGUUGUUCUAAAGAAUCCCAAAAGAGAAGAAGACAAGCCAUUCAGAGACUGUGCUGAUGUAUACCAAGCUGGUUUUAACAAAAGUGGUGUCUACACUAUUUAUGUUAAUAACAUAUCAGAACCUAAGAAGGUCUUUUGCAAUAUGGAAACUACAGGAGGUGGUUGGACAGUUAUACAGCACCGAGAAGAUGGGAGCCUAGAUUUCCAAAAAAACUGGAAAGAAUACAAAAUGGGUUUCGGUAGUCCCUCCGGUGAACAUUGGCUGGGAAAUGAGUUUAUCUUUGCAAUCACCACGAGUCAAAGGCACUAUUCUCUAAGGAUUGAACUAAUGGACUGGGAAGGAAGUCGGGCUUAUUCACAAUACGAUAGAUUUUACAUAGGAAAUGAGAAGCAGAAUUACAGGCUUUAUCUGAAGGGUCAUUCAGGGACAGCAGGAAAACAGAGCAGCCUGAUACUGCAUGGGGCUGACUUCAGUACCAAAGAUGCUGACAAUGACAACUGUAUGUGCAAGUGUGCCCUUAUGCUAACAGGAGGCUGGUGGUUCGAUGCCUGCGGGCCUUCGAAUCUCAAUGGAAUGUUCUACUCAGCAGGACAACACCAUGGAAAAAUAAAUGGAAUCAAAUGGCAUUACUUCAAAGGCCCCAGUUAUUCAUUACGUUCCACGACUAUGAUGAUACGGCCCUUAGACUUUUAAAUUUGCUGAGAGAAAGGAAGAACAAUGUGCAGUAGAGUUGCCAUCUUCUGAAGGACUUCCUGCAGCAUCUUCAGAAGCAGACAGUGGGGACUUCCUCAAAGCAUCAAAUGGCAUCAGUCUUCCAGUAGUCAGACUUCACCUCAUAGGUUGCAGUCAAUGGACGUGGGUCAACGCUAAACACACCAGGGUACAGAUGACGUUGUGACUGCCUGAAGCAGAAAUGAGACCUUUUCUGACUAUUCUGUGGGCAACAUGUCAGUUUAGUUGCCAUAAAGAAACUUAACAGUUUUUAACAGAAUCCUCCAUUCCCUCUUUUUGUGCUUCCAUUGAAAGACAUUGUACGUCACCAGGUCAUAUCUACAAAGGAAAAGCAGUUUUGCAGAACAAAAGCAUAUCAUAAUCCAUAAAGAAAAGGCUGCUUAUCACAGCACUGAAUCUAUGCAAAAGCACGACCGAUUUUACCUGACACAUGUGCCUUCAAAAUAUAAAGAGGGCCAUUGAAACCAUGGCCUGUUAUCAGCAAAAGUAAUUCAAAUACUUAACCUUUUCUUCAUAAAGGUAUGGUAUGUAGGAGUAAUUUCUCACUGAGCUCAUUUCAAAUGUGAAUCAUGCCCUUAGUAAAGAGGCUUUAAGUCAUGGCAGAGAAUGAUGAGCGAUAUGCAGAGAGUUGUCAUAUGCCUUCUAUAGUUUGGGUGAAUGUCAGUAAUCCAGAAAAUUGGCAUAAUCCUUCAGCUAGAAUUUAUAGCACAAUUUCAGAAGGAACCAGGAGUUUUCUUCCCUGAGUGCUAUAACUUUGAACUCUACCAAACCCAGUGCGUAUGUCACUUAAUUAUUUUCUUUUAAAGAUGAAAUAAAGGUCAUUUUGUAUAUGGAAUUUCCUUUGGAAAAAAAUAGAUACAAAAAUGCAGAUUGCAUGCAAAUAGCAUAACCACAUAUUUUAAUUGGAUGGGCUUCAUUAAACAGUCUUUUUGGUAUUCCGCAUGUGCACAUGUUAGAGUUAAUGACUUCUAAAUUGCUAAACCUUCUCAAUGCCAUUCAUCCUUAAUCAAAAAUAAGUCAUGCAAGAGGCUAUCAGUUCUUUGUUGUGCUUCAGUUACUGCUGUGAAUAAAUAAAUAAACGCAGGAGAACAAAAGGAGUAAUCACAAUUAUAGAAUGUCAAUACCAUAGGCAGAAAACCAGCCAAAUGUAAUCACAUUAAUUUAAGUGGGAAAAUUAAACACAUACUUAACUCCUUCCUAUUUGAAAUGAGUGGGAAUUCGAUGUACUUACUUGAGUCAUGUCCAAAAUAUGUUACUACAGUAAAAAGAGAAAGCUAGUUAAUUGAUGCAUAUGCCUUUGCCUUCAUUGGUUCUUCACAGUGGGUAACUGUUCUCUAGUACUGAAACCUUUCUUUCUUUUCAAAAUGCCUUUAACACAUUCUGGUCUUCAAUAUCAUACACUUUCUGAUGAAUGCAGUAGACUAGUUCAGCCAGCAUCUUGGCCCAGUUGAUAAGCUUCUAUGCAAGGUUUGGUGUGAGCCUGUUAUGUAUGCAUGCAUGCACUCCAUUGCACACAUGAUGUCCCAGCAACGUAGGCCUAGAUCCUCUUCCGUUGCUGCUGAGUGAAAAGUCCUGGUAGCAUUGUGAUGAAGGUUCAUGCUGUGUGCCCAAGUGUUUCUGUUGUGAAAGCAGUCAUCUCAAUGAAGAAAACUGAUAUCUACUUAUGCAGUGUCAACUUUUGCUCAGGUGGUGAGAUCUUGAGUUCUUAUGAUGGUGGAUCUAUUUCACCCCGUUGAAACUGAACAGAAGGUCAGCCUUUCUAUGACAUCAUUCAUACAAUGGAGUAAGCAUAUAUUUCAGAUGCCCAGGCUCACGUCAAACAAUGAGUAGGAACUUAUGACUUACUUGUAGCCCUAGCAAACCACUCACUCAGACCAUUGGUCCAUGUAGCCCAGUACUGUUUACACUAGGAACUGCCAAUAUGGGUCACAAGCAGUCUUCCACCUACUUUUAUAGCCCUUAUGAGACCCCGAAGGUUUCUGCUGCCACCACUCAGAAAAUAAAAAUAAUGUUCAAAACUAAAGCAAGGAGAUGCAUGCUUUUGAUGUAAAACAAGGCAAGCGACCCUCCCCCCCCAAAAAAACUUUGUUCCUGAAGCAUCUGAAGGUGUCUUCUCAUGACUAUUGGUCUUGAAUUGGUGGACAUCUUUUUCCGGACCCUCCAAAGAGGCUGACCCUCGCCAACACUGCCUGUCAAGAUCUCCUUCUCUCUAGGGAUUUCAAAUACAGUGGUGCCUCACUUAACAACGAUAAUCCGUUCCAGGAAAAUCACUGUUAAGCGAAAACAUC